AUGGGAAAGACAGUUGAUGACCGACCAGCCUAUUUGAGCUCCGAUGACGCCAAAUACUCGCUAGGUCUUCAUCGUGGGCCAUUAGCUAGCGGUCUCAGCGAUGACCCCAAGUUGGAGAAGGUAGAAACAGCGGGUGGUCUCUCGUUGGCCACUACCCAAACGCGAAAGGAGAAGUUCGCGCGCCAUUGGAAGCGAUUCUGGUGCUGCUACCUAAUUGGAAAUGUCAUUUUCCUGGCCAUUUUCCUACCGGUCUUCUUCCUGGUCGUAAUCCCGGCCAUUUCACAGCUUGUCGUCAACAAGUCCGACUUGGUACUGGUCAGUGCGGCUGUUAUGCAGCCUUUGCCUGACACUAUACAUCUCACACUACAAUCGGCGCUGGAUUUGAAACUUAACCUGCCUGUUCGGAUUGAUCCCAUCACUUUGGAUUUGUAUAUCCGCGAUAACGGCGCCGCCAACCCAUGGGGUCAGGCUAAUUUGCCCGGUAUGACUAUUCGUGGAAAUACCACGUUGGGCGUGACCGACAAAUUCACGCCUCUUCUCAAUGUGACUACCUGGACAGAUUAUGUUCGGCAAGUUGUUUUCCAGAAAGAGACCGCACUUUCCCUCAAGGGCACGACCGAUUCGUUUCUGGGCGUGUUGAAAUCCAAGGUGACGAUGAACAAGGAUGUGGUUUCUCCGACAUUGAACAAAUUUGAGGGUUUCAGCAUCACCGACACCUCGCUCGUUCCCACUCGCUCAGAUGGAACCAACCUCGUUGGCAAUGUCACCCUGCCAAACCCGUCUCUCUUGACGCUCGAGAUCGGCACUAUUGUUCUCGAUGUAAAGAGCGGCAAUUUGACCAUCGGCAACGCCACCGUCGAGAAUUUGACCCUCAGGCCUGGCAACCAUGCAAACCCCAUGACCGGCACGCUGGAUAUUGGGCUCAUCCUCAAAAACAUCGGCACCGUUCUGAAAGACCAAGCCUCGUCCAUCAAAAACGGCAGCCUCAGUCUCACCUCCACCACCCGCGAGGUAACCUACAACGGCACCCGCGUCCCAUACUACUCAACAGUGAUGUCCGAGCUUCCCCUCACAGCAGAUGUUGGCAUCGUGAGCACCUUGAAAAACACCAUCAAGAGCUUCAUAGGAAGCGGCUCCGGCAGGAACUUGACGGAGAUCCUGGCUGAGCUAAAGAACCACACCUCCACCGAGAGCGGCAGCAGCCUCCUAGCAGACUUGAAGGAAGGCAUCCAGUCGCUGGAAAGCAGGGACGUCACUCCGAAGGAAGAUGAGGACGAGAGCUCCCACUACAGUCUCGCCAGGGCCUUGAAGCGGAAUGUCCACGUCCGUGAUCUCUUCCAAGAUGAGAACCCCAUCAAGCGAGACGCGAUGAUUGACUCGCUAGUCGGAUGGGUUGCGAAUCAGCAGUAG